AAUGUCCAAAACACUUCUUGCUUUAUUGCUCAUAUCUAUGCUUGCAUUUAGCGCACAAGGUAAACUACUCAUUUAUAUCAACACUAACCCCUAUAUAUUAUAUAUUUAUUCGCAAAUUCAUAUCUCCUGACUCAACUGAAAAAUUAUAUUUUAGCUGCCACAAAGGGUAAGCAUGCCCCCAAACAUCCAUAAUCAAGCAGUUCUGAUGCUUAAUCAUCAUCAGAAGAAGAAGAAUCAGAAGAAAGCUCAGAUCUUUUGGCCUAAUCUUCAUCAGAGGAAGAAUCAGAGGAAGAAGAAGAAUCAGAUGCCCAAUCAUCAUCAGAAGAGGAAUCAGAAGAAGAGGAGGAAUCAGAUGCUUAAUCAUCAUCAGAGGAAGAAUCAGAAGAAGAAGAAGAAUCAGAUGCUUAAUCAUCAUCUGAAGAAGAAUCAGAAGAAGAAGAGGAAUCCGAUGCUUAAUCAUCAUCAGAAGAAGAAUCAGAAGAAGAAGAAGAAGAAUCAGAUGCUUAAUCAUCAUCAGAAGAGGAAUCAGAAGAAGAGGAGGAAUCAGAUGCUUAAUCAUCAUCUGAAGAAGAAUCAGAAGAAGAAGAGGAAUCAGAUGCUUAAUCAUCAUCAGAAGAAUCAGAAGAAGAAGAAGAAGAAUCUGAUGCUUAAUCAUCAUCAGAAGAGGAAUCAGAAGAAGAGGAGGAAUCUGAUGCUUAAUCAUCAUCUGAAGAAGAAUCAGAAGAAGAAGAGGAAUCCGAUGCUUAAUCAUCAUCUGAAGAAGAAUCAGAAGAAGAAGAGGAAUCAGAUAGAUGUAUAUAAUGAUUUUAUUUUAGUGAACUUCCGUUUACACUAUGCUGAAGCAGCCGCAGCCCCAGCCCCAGCUCCAGCUCCAGCUGCUGCUACACCUGCUCCAGCCACCAAGAAUGGAGCUAUACUUGCAGCCAGUUUAGUCUUAGCCGCCUUUGUUUUCUGAU